CUGUUUGUUGUUUUCGUUUUUACAUAGAAUCAAACUGCAGUACACCUUUUGAUUAAUUUUAAUUUUCUAUAUAAUGGCUAAAAGAGCUGCCGGUUUAGUGAUAUUUCGUAAAAUUGGUGAACAAAUCCAAUAUUUGAUGUUGCGCGCAUCAUAUGGCGAUUUUCACUGGAGUUCUCCUAAAGGGCACGUCGAUCCAGGCGAAGAUGAUUUUACGACAGCAUUACGAGAGACCAAAGAGGAAGCCGGGUAUAGCGAAGACGACUUAAUCAUCUAUCGGGAUAAACCAAAAAUACUGAAUUACAAUGUAAAAGGGAAACCAAAAGUUGUUAUUUAUUGGUUAGCUCAAUUAAAAGACUCUGGCAAAGAACCAACGUUAUCAGAUGAACAUACUGAAAUGAAAUGGUUACCAAAAGACGAUGCAAAAGAAAUUGUUGGCUUUAAGGAUAAUCAGCAGAUGAUUGACGAAUUCCACGAGUUUAUUCUUAGUUUAUGCUAAGUGCUUUACACCAAUACUUAGUAUUGUAUAUAUUUGUAUAUUUGGAUUUGGAAUUGUAUACCGACUAUAUGAAAGUAAUACCGUUAUUUAACUAUUAUAUAAUUAAAAAUUUUAUAUAGCUGAUUCAAAA